AAACGUCAAACGAAAAACCAUCACUUGUUGUCAAACGUUCCGUAUUUUUUAUCCAAACGACUGAAGAACGUGAUUAAUUUCCAAAAAAAAUCAUAUUUUUCCUGAUAAUUUCGUUGAAUCUUUCCGAAUUAAAAAUAUUUUGCAACACAACAAAUUGGUUCUAGUCAAGGGACAGAAUAAUUCCACAGUUCAAUCGAACAAUCAGGCACUUGUUCAUUGUGUUCCAGAGACAACAAUAAAUUGGAGAAAAAUCGACGAAUUUCGUCACAGCCAUCGAACAUAACCUCAACCGCAUUACUAAAAUUGGCAAUUGAAGGCAGAAUACAAUCACUUUGGAUUUGCCGCAAAGGGGAAACCAAUCAGCAACAAUGCUAGUUUUUGAUCCACUAAACAGCGACUAUCCAAGUCAAUUGUUCUCGGCGAUUGGAAGAAAGUUGUACUUGAACUCUGAAUUGGCCGAUGUUCACUUUGUCUUCGGACCGAAUGACCACUACGAACGAGUGCCAGUGAACAAAGCUCACUUGAUGGCGGCCAGCGAUGUCUUUGCCACAAUGUUCAAUGGAUCGUGGAAGGAAAAGGAUGAGGUGGAGAUUGCUGAUACAUCUGCUGCUGCCUUUAAGGAAUUUCUACAGUUCUUCUACUUUGGACAAGUCAAGCUGACGAUGGAAAACGUCGGUGCGGUGAUGAAUCUCGGCGAAAUGUACAACGUGGCCGAAUGUUUGGCGGUAUGCAGCAAAUUCCUGAAGAACAAUCUCAACGAAGAAAAUGUCUGCCGACACUAUCGAUUGGCUAUUCUUUUCAAUCAACACAAACUGAAGCAGUCAUGUGAAACGAUCAUAGGCUUCAAUACAAAUUCUGUGUUCAAUUCAACGGAUUUCCUGGCAUGUGAUCGAACAGUAUUGGCCGAGAUUCUGGAGCUGGACUGGUUGUCAUGUACAGAAGUUGAGCUAUUCGAGGCGUGUAUGUCGUGGGUCCGAGCGUCAAGCAAGAAGGAUGUUUUAAGCAAGAGCCUGAUGCGAGCUCACCUCGGCGACUUGUUCCAUGAAAUUCGCUUCGGUUCAAUGUCAUUCCAGGAGUUUUCGUCAUUGAUCCCGUCAUACGGCCAGCUUUUCAAUGCAAGCGAAUAUGGAACCAUCAUUCAAAUGAUUGCAGACGAUGAUUUUGAAGGGACAAGUUUCAACGGGAAUCGUGUGAAACGCUUCGACUCAGACCCAUGGAAUGAGGAAGAUGUGAUAAUUUGCAAUCGAUUGCUCAUGAAUUACAAAUCGAUUAAACCAUACUUUCUGAAAAAUUUGGAAACAACCAAAUUCUCCACUAACGAACCACUUUUGCUGAAAGACUUCGCUAUGGCUCGGAUCUCUAAACAUCGAAACGGCAAAUAUAAUAAUUGUGAAGAUGUUCCAACCGAAUUUACCAUCAUCGAAGUGUCCGGUUCCGGUGAUUCCAGAAAAGAAGUGGAGAAAUACAAUGGAAAAGCAAACUUGGAGAGUGCAACGUCUACAUAUGUUGGUAUUCUCAAACCGAUUCUGAUCAAACCAGGAUUUAUGUACGAAAUUCGAUUGAAGCAAAAUCCUCCAGAAAAUUGUUCAAUUGGUGUUCGAUUGAAAUCGAUGGUUCAAAUGAUGGACGGUAUCACCAUCCAAUUUCACGAUGACCCAUUGGUUCGGGGUGAUAUAUCAUCAACUGGUCUUGUAUAUGGUAUUGAUUUCUACCGCAUUGAAUAAUAAGACAUGGAAGAAGAUUAAGCAUUUCGAUUGUACCUUUCACUGAACAUUUUUUGUAAAUGACGUUUUUAACGUUACGAAACCAGUUAUUGUUUAUAAAAUAAUGCAAAAUUACAUUUCCUCAAAUUCAUGAGUUGAAUUUAAACGAUAAAA